CUAGGUUCUUUGGGCCAUGCAAAUAUGGACCGUAAAUUAAAAAAAAAAAGCAAAUAUGGCAGACCAAGGCCAAGUUUCUUUCUGUGGUUUCUGCUGUAAUCUUUUUAGAAAUGAGAAUUAAUGAAAAGUAAAUAGAGUACCUUAGUAGAAUAUUAAAAUAUUGAUAUUAUGAUAAAAGUGUUUUGUUUCCAGUUAAUGAGUAUAGUAUUUGUAAUUAUAAAUAGGCAAUCAUGUUAAAGGAUAAAGGACAAGUCACUUUUGAAGAUAAAUGGCCAUCAAUGCGCCCUAUAGUAUUAAAGUUAUUAAAACAAGAAACUGUAACUCAAACCGAAUGGCAAGAUCUUUUCGGGGCGGUGCAUUCAGUUUGCCUGUGGGAUGAAAGAGGACCUUACAAAGUUAGAGAUGCACUGCAACAGGACAUAAUGAUGUAUAUCAAACAGGCCCAGGCUCGAGUUCUCGCGCAGCGGGAAGACCAGGCACUCCUUAAAGCAUACAUUGCUGAGUGGGGGAGGUUUUUCACUCAGUGCAACUAUUUGCCAACACCAUUCCGUCAGUUAGAAAGUUCCAUUAAUAAUAUUAGCAAAGUAACAACUUCCAAUGCUUCAAGUUCUCAAAAAAAGAAUAACAACAAUAAUAUAGAAGAAAGUUUAGUGAGAAAGUUGAUGUUAGAUUCAUGGAAUCAAAGCAUUUUUAUGGAUAUCAAGCAAAGGCUGCAGGAUUCAGCUAUGAAGCUUGUUCAAGCAGAACGCAAUGGAGAAUCAUUCGACUCCCAGUUGGUUAUAGGUGUUCGAGAGUCAUAUGUUAAUUUAUGCUCAAAUUCAAUCGAUAAGCUUCAAAUAUAUAGGGCUAACUUUGAAGCAGCUUACAUGCAAGCAACAGAGGAGUUUUAUAAGUUGAAAGCUAAUGAGCAUUUACUGUCAAAUGGUGUUCAGUCGUACAUGAAAUAUGCUGAUCAACGCCUUAAGGAGGAGGAAGCUCGGGCACAUAGAUACUUAGAACCAGGAAGUGGAAGCGUGGCUGCGCUCACUCAGUGUUGUGAAAAAGUUCUAAUAGGUGAGCAUCAGGCAACAUUACUAGCAGAGAGUGCUCCUCUGAUCAAAGCUGGAGAAACAGAGAAGCUUCAGUUGAUGUUUCGUCUUCUUGACAGAAUUCCGGAAGGUGUCACACCCAUAUUACGAGAUUUAGAAGCCCACAUUGUGUCAGCUGGACUGGCAGAUAUGGUAGCUUCUGCUGAUAUAAUAACAUCAGACUCUGAGAAGUAUGUUGAGCGACUACUAGAUCUGUUUAAGAAAUUCAGCUCCCUAGCAAAGGAUGCUUUCUUGGAUGAUCCGAGAUUCUUGACGGCCAGGGAUAAAGCAUACAAGUGCGUUGUGAAUGAUACUACUGUUUUCAAAUUAGAAUUGCCGUCGUCAGCCCUCCUACGAGGUAGCAAGGGAACAGCACCAGAAAGCAAAUGUCCCGAACUACUCGCUAACUACUGUGAUAUGUUGUUACGUAAAACCCCUUUGAGUAAAAGAUUGACUAGUGAGCAAAUAGAGUCUAGGCUAAGAGAUGUACUAUUAGUGCUAAAAUACAUUGAAAACAAAGAUGUAUUCAUGAGAUAUCACAAAGCCCACCUCACUAGAAGAUUAAUAUUAGACUCCAGUGCAGAUUCCGAGAAAGAGGAAGACAUGGUUGAAUGGCUGCGUGAAGUGGGCAUGCCUGCUGAUUACGUUAACAAGUUAGCCCGAAUGUUUCAAGAUAUCAAGGUCAGUGAGGAUCUCAAUACUCAGUUCAGAGGAGAAACUACUAGGCAUGAUGCUAUAAAUAUUAAAAUACUCAAUGCUGGUGCAUGGGCCCGGGGUUCGGAGAGAGUCACUGUUAGUCUUCCUCUAGAAUUAGAAGACUAUAUUCCAGAAGUAGAAGACUUUUACAAGAAAAAGCACUCGGGCAGGAAAUUGCAAUGGUAUCAUCAUAUGAGUAAUGGAACCAUAACAUUUGCCAAUUCAGUGGGCAGAUUUGAUCUGGAUGUUACAACCUUCCAAAUGGCUGUAUUGUUUGCUUGGAAUCAAAGGCCAAUGGAAAAAGUAACAUAUGAGAACUUAAGACUUGCCACUGAAUUGCCUGAUCCUGAAUUAAGAAGAACUCUUUGGUCUCUAGUUGCUUUCCCUAAACUGAAACGUCAGCUAUUAUGUUAUGAACCUAUUGUGCAAAAUCCCAAAGAUUUUUCAGAAAACACAACUUUUUGGGUCAAUCAGGAGUUUGCUCUAAUUAAGAAUGGAAAGCCACAACGACGGGGAAAGAUUAAUUUAAUUGGAAGGCUCCAACUUAGUACUGAACGCUCGCAAUUAGAAGAUAAUCAUUCCAUUGUUCAGCUGCGAAUUCUAAGAACUCAAGAAGCUAUAAUAAAAAUCUUAAAAAUGCGAAAGCGGAUCACGAAUACUGCCCUACAGAGUGAACUUGUCGAAAUUCUCAAGAAUAUGUUCCUGCCAUCAAAGAAGAUGAUAAAAGAGCAAUUGGAAUGGCUUAUUGAGCACAAGUACAUGCGACGCGACGACGAAGACAUCAACACUUUUAUAUACAUGGCCUAGCAACCUCAACUGUACAAUAUAACCAUCAAAUAAAUUAUUUACUCAAAAUCAGAAAAUAUGUUUUUAAAUUAAACUUAGAGUCAAGGAAAAAAAGACACAAUCGAAGAUGAUGACUGAUGAUCACAGACAAAAUAUGUGGGUAAUUUUGUUCUACAAAAUCUCUAAAACAAUAGAUCUACAUCAAGCCUAAAUGAAUAUAUUGCUAUCCCUUUCAUAAUGCUUCCUGCAGAAAGGAUAGCACUAGAUAAGAACUGUCAAUUUAUAGACUGUACAACAGAACUAGCCACAAACACCGACUCACUUAAGCUUUUAUAUUACUUUUUAGAAACAUUGAAUAUGAGUAUGUAUGAUACAUUAAUUUGUUUUCAAUAAAACAUGGAUUAUUAUUUUUACAAUAGGUUUUAUUUAAAUAUAUAAGACAGAUACAAUAUAAAAGUUAAUAAACAAUAGUAUUAUUUAAUUUUUCCCAGGUUCAAUAGUUUCGCCACCUUGAAUCUGGCCCCAGCCGAUUAACCUGUAACAAAAUGAAAUAGUUUUAAAUAUUUAAAG